AAGGUAACCAUUUCAGCCGGUUUUGUGUAACGUGUGCCGGCUGUGGCAGAGACUUUUGCGCUUAGUUUUUAGACAUGGCGACCCUCCGCGUGACUGCUCCUGUGACGGCCGUGCGCGCCAGUGUGCGCAGUGCAAAGCCGAUCCUGCCUGCUCGGGCUUCCAUCAGGGCUUUGACUGUCCGCGCUCAGGCGAGCAAGGAGCAGGAUGCCUUCAAGUUCGGCACCGUUACUGCGCUGUCCACGGUCGCCUCGUCGUGGAUGCUGGCUGGCCACGCGAACGCUGCUGCUGAGCUGUCGACCAUUGCUGCCAGCGACAACCGCAUUGGCAUCAUUGCGACCCUCUUCGUGCCCGUUCUUGGCUGGGUGGCGUUCAACAUCCUGGGCUCUCUGCAGGCGCAGCUCGACCAGAUGAGCGACAAGAAGCGCGCUAUCCCAGCUGCUAUUGGCCUCGGCGCUGCCGCUUCGAUGCUGAUGGCCCAGUCGGCUGACGCCGCGACCGAGAUUUCCACCCUCGCUGCCAGCGACAACCGCCUCGGCAUCAUUGCCACUCUGUUCGUGCCCAUGCUUGGCUGGGUGGCAUUCAACAUCUGGGGCUCUGCGCAGGCGCAGCUUGACCAGAUGAGCGAGAAGAAGCGUGCUAUCCCAGCUGCUAUCGGCCUCGGCGCUGCCGCUUCGAUGCUGAUGGCUCAGUCGGCUGACGCCGCGACCGAGGUCUCGACCAUUGCUGCCAGCGACAACCGCAUUGCCAUCAUUGCGACUCUCUUCGUUCCCGUCCUUGGCUGGGUGGCGUUCAACAUCCUGGGAUCUCUGCAGGCGCAGCUUGACCAGAUGAGCGACAAGAAGCGCGCUAUCCCAGCUGCUAUUGGCCUCGGCGCUGCCGCUUCGAUGCUGAUGGCCCAGUCGGCUGACGCCGCGACCGAGAUUUCCACCCUCGCUGCCAGCGACAACCGCAUUGGCAUCAUUGCCACUCUGUUUGUGCCCGUGCUUGGCUGGGUGGCGUUCAACAUUCUGGGCUCUGCGCAGGCGCAGCUUGACCAGAUGAGCGCCAAGAAGUAAAGCUGGAACGACUUUUUGCAACAAGGACCCAUGGGUCUGUCGUGAUAGCACCUUAGGAGUUUUGUUCCGUUGCCUGAGUGUAGGCGUGGACAAGUCAGCGGCGUAGGUGCCCUGGAGUUAAGCCGCGCUGUUGCUGUGUCCUGAGUUGUUGGACUGAGGGUGUUUGCCUGGCUGGCCAGACUGGUUAAGUGUCAAGGUUGAGAGGUCAAGGUGCAUGGUACCAUUUAGCACGCAUGGGGUUGCUGACGGUCCUGCAUUGCUGCAGUUUUCCUGGUGUGGCGGCAAUGGCCUGCUUGUCGUUCCAAACUGAUUCGUGGAUGGAGGGUUGAAUCGAGCCAAUUGUUGUGUUGAUUCUGUCUGGCGAGUAACGGAUGCCAUGCAAGCGGUAGGCAUCUUGCCUUGUGUAGUGCAGGGAGAGAAGACUCGGACGAACCAUAUACAUACAUGUUAGAUCGCAGCUCUGUUCCUGGCGUAUCUCCCCGCCAUCACCCCCAAUAAACCACCCUGAGAAGAGAAUUUCAAGAUCGUUACUUAUUGAAGUGCAGCUGCCAAAG